UAAAAUCAUGUAGUGUGAACUAAGCAGUCUGUUCGGAGGGGAGCUCGCACACCGAGAUCUGUGAUUGGAGGAGAAAGGCAGGGUCCGAAAAUUACAAGCCAGGAAACGUGUCGGGUUUCAGGGGGGAGUGACAUUUCUUCAGGGGGUUGGAGAAAGAAAAAAUCUCCGUAUGCCUGACAAAGCGUCUGAGAGAAGAGAGUCAGUGUCCGCAGAGACUGCACUUCGCUGGAUUUCGGUUUUCUCGAGGAUGUUUGAUACAAUGUCGCAUCUCAUCUCGUGUUGGACGGACGCUACGUUUGCAAGAGCCGCUCGGUGAAAGAAAACAACUUGGUUUCGGACGCACCAAAGUUUCUGGGACGCACAUUUGUUUUCCUGAAGGAUUUACGCACACGUACGCACGGAUACUAUCAGUUGCCCGCUGUUGGCAUGCGAUCUUAUCUUUGGUGCACUGUGAUUUUUGCCCCGUUGGAUUUGCAAAUUGGGAAUAUUUUUGGUUGCAUGGGGGACAAGUCGCAUUCCUCUGUGCAUUCGGCCCAUGCAUGAGUCCCUGUGUGUUUGUGGAUCCUGAGCCUCGCGUAUUCUGCCCCAUUUCUCCCAGGUGAUCGGUGAGAAUUCUAGCGAGUGACUGACCGCACGGCCUGAAGUUCAUGGUUGGGUUGUGCCCCUCAGAUGGGAUCUGUGUCCAGGGGGAGGUCAAGGGGGGUCGGAUGGGGCUGCACGCUCACUGCUGACGGGAUGUCCGCCCGGGGCUCACUGCUGGGUGCGCUCCUGCUUUUGACCCUGGCAACAUUGUCUGUGGCACGACCGUCCUUAAAGAUCGCAGAGGAAGUGAAGGCAACGGCUGAAUCUGAAGAGCCUCCAACCAAAUACCAAAACUCUAAGCCCACCCUGUGCUCGCUGCACCCGGGCGAACUGCUGAAGCUCAGCUGCCCGCUGCCCGAGGCGGCCGCCAUCAUCUGGACCAAAGACGGCUCCUCGCUGGGGCCCGACAACCGCACGCUCAUAGGUCAGGAGUGGUUACAGAUCCGCGACGCCACCCCGAAGGACUCGGGCCUGUAUGAGUGCAGUGCCGUUGGCUCGCGGGCCGGCGACGUGCUUUGCUUCAUCGUAAACGUUACAGAUGCCAUCUCAUCUGGUGACGAUGAGGACGACACGGAGAGAUCGGACGAUGUGGGUGCCGACGGUGAACAGAUGCGGGCGCCUUAUUGGACCUCACCAGAAAAGAUGGAGAAGAAGCUGCACGCCGUUCCAGCGGCCAACACCGUGAAGUUUCGCUGCGCUGCUGCUGGCAACCCCAAACCUAAGAUGCAUUGGAUGAAAAAUGGGAGACCCUUCAGACAGGAGGAUCGCAUGGGUGGAUACAAGGUUCGACAACAGCACUGGACACUUAUCAUGGAAAGCGUCGUCCCAUCGGAUAAAGGAAACUACACCUGCCUGGUGGAGAACUCUUACGGCUCCAUCAAUCACACCUACACCCUGGAUGUAGUGGAACGCUCUCCUCACCGGCCCAUUCUUCAGGCCGGCCUACCGGCCAACACAACCGUGCAUCUCGGAGAGGACGCCAAGUUUGUCUGUAAGGUUUACAGUGAUGCCCAGCCCCACAUUCAGUGGCUUCAGCACAUUGAGAAGAACGGCAGCCGUUAUGGUCCUGAUGGCCUUCCGUACGUCCGGGUAUUAAAGACGGCAGGUGUGAACACUACGGACAAAGAGAUCGAGGUGCUCUACCUGCCUAACGUAACUUUCGAGGAUGCGGGCGAGUAUACGUGUUUGGCGGGUAACUCUAUUGGGAUCUCCUAUCACACUGCUUGGUUGACGGUGCUUCCAGCCCAGAUAGACCCCAUCGAGCCGGACUAUCCUCCUGAUUACGUGGAGAUCGCCAUCUACUGCAUAGGCGUCUUUCUCAUCGCCUGUAUGGUGGUGAUAGUGGUGGUUUGCCGAAUGAGGACGUCUGCAAAGAAGCCUGAUUUUGCGAGUCAACCUGCUGUUCAUAAACUAACCAAACAGAUCCCACUGCGCCGCCAGGUAACAGUUUCCUCAGACUCCAGCUCGUCCAUGAGCUCAAGCACGCCAUUGGUCAGGAUCACCACUCGCCGUAGCUCCGCCCAUGAUGACCCAAUCCCUGAGUACGACCUACCUGAGGAUCCACGAUGGGAAUUUUCUAGAGACAAGUUAACUCUAGGUAAACCGUUGGGUGAGGGCUGCUUUGGUCAGGUGGUGAUGGCUGAAGCUCUGGGCAUCGACAAGGACAAACCUAAAGAAGCUGUGACAGUAGCUGUCAAGAUGCUUAAAGAUGACGCAACAGAGAAAGAUCUUUCUGACCUGGUGUCAGAAAUGGAAAUGAUGAAGAUGAUUGGCCGGCACAAGAACAUCAUUAAUCUGUUGGGGGCGUGCACACAGGACGGGCCGUUGUAUGUAAUAGUGGAGUACGCAUCUAAGGGUAACCUCAGAGAGUAUUUGAGGGCCCGGCGGCCCCCGGGAAUGGAGUACUCUUAUGAUAUAGCCAGAGUAUCAGAUGAAGCUCUUACGUUCAAAGAUCUGAUCUCCUGUACCUACCAAGUAGCUCGAGGAAUGGAGUAUUUAGCCUCACAAAAGUGUAUACACAGAGAUCUGGCUGCCAGGAACGUGUUGGUCACGGAGAGCAACUUUAUGAAGAUUGCAGACUUUGGUCUGGCCAGAGAUGUCCACAACAUAGAUUACUAUAAAAAGACCACGAAUGGUCGUCUGCCUGUGAAGUGGAUGGCUCCAGAGGCGCUGUUCGAUCGAGUAUAUACACACCAGAGUGAUGUUUGGUCAUUCGGGGUUCUAAUGUGGGAGAUCUUUACGCUCGGUGGUUCUCCGUAUCCUGGUAUCCCAGUUGAGGAGCUUUUCAAGUUAUUAAAGGAAGGUCAUCGCAUGGACAAGCCUGCUAACUGCACCAACGAAUUGUACAUGAUGAUGAAGGACUGCUGGCAUGCAAUGUCAUCUCACAGACCCACAUUUAAACAGUUGGUGGAGGAUUUGGACCGCAUACUAACGUUGGCAACCAAUGAGGAGUAUCUGGACCUGUGUUCUCCAGUAGAGCAGUACUCUCCCAGCUAUCCCGACACGCGGAGCUCCUGCUCUUCCGGAGACGAUUCCGUCUUCUCCCAUGACCCUUUAGCAGAUGAACCCUGCCUACCCAAGUACCAGCACAUCAACGGAGGCAUAAAAACAUGAGCCGCCCCCCUCGGACUUCUCCAAACGCAUCACAUCCAAGCCACGCCCACAGUUCUCAAAAAGCGAAUGACUUUUACCCACAAUUCCCUGUACCCACCCAUAACCGCAUGAUGCCUCCUCAUAAACCUCGCACUGGACUUUCGAAGCAUGUCGAGGGAGGACUGCCGGCCAGCGGUGCUGCUUUCUAAAAACUGAUGUGUGUCAAGCGCUUUUUUAUGAAGGCACAUGCUUGCACACAAAAACACGUGACCAAGCUCUUAAGAAGAGGAUAGGAUUGAAGUUUAGUGACUGAACUGAGCUGCUUCCAGGGAUCCACCUCUUGUAUUCUCUUUUGUUUUAAAUGUUUUUUCUAGUUUUUGUCACCAUUCCGAUCUGUUGCUCGGCAUUCCAGGAGUUUGUGUUCGCGAGAAUGGAGCACACAAACCGAACUCUUAUGAGACUGAAAAUAAGUGUACGAUGUGUCGUAAAACUAACACAAGAGGAACUAGAAGAACAUAACAACACUGCCUCCGAUUUUUUUAUUUUUUUUAAACGUUGUUUUACACUCUGUUUUUGCCUUGAUAACACAGUUAUCAUACAAAAGCCCAUGCAGUUAUUCUUAUUGGUAAAAAAAUAAUAAUACAUGGUAUAUAAUGCUGGGUAUAUUUGUAAAUAUAUUCAAAUAUGUAAAAAUAUAUAUUAUAUAUUUACAUGAAUUAUUUUUUGUAUGGACUUCCGUAAAAUUCCUUCCUUUUCCCCCGGAGUCACGUGAAUGUAGACACGUAUGUUUCUAUUACAUUCCCAGACAGACGCGCACACACAUACACAGCAGGGCUCGAUAUUAAAAACUGUUGACAAGGCAUCAAUCUCCAUUUUAGCGGGGAGGCUAAAUACUAAAAGUUAAUUAUAUUCAAUUUGGAUUUUAUUAAGUUUUAGCAUGGCAUGCAUAUGACCUUAUAAUAGGCACAAAGUGUAAUGUCGAGUCCUGCCGCGUACACAUUUCUCAAUGCUAACACACAGUCGAUUAUUGGCUUUCAGGGACAGAUAUAGAAUUAAUUUAUUAUGUUAAAAAAUAAAUCGAAAGGACAAAAAGUAAUAAAGAGAUAAUAAUAAUAAUAAUAAUAAUGACAUAGAAACAAUAAUGAUUCAUAAUGUUUAUUUUGUAAUUUAAAGUGACAUUUCAGUGAGGCAACGGUACAAAGAGUUAUUUCCAGCCGGUAUUGAAACAUUCGAAAGAUCUGCAUUUCUUACGUUUUUAUAUAUACCGUAUACAAAUGUGAAUGGUAAGUUAAAAUGCAAAAAAUAACGUACAUUUUAUAGUCAGCUAAUCCCUUUUCUAUAGUAGACGAUGUUUUUAUCCGGCUAUUUUACUCACAGUGAAUGUUGCAUUUUAGUUUGACAAACACCAGACAUGUCAUUGCCAAACAAAAGGUCGCAGUAUAUUUUUAGGGUAUAUUUUUAUACCUCUUCAGUACAUUCAUUUAGAUGAAAUCAAGGAAAAGUAUUACGAAUUGUGUUCAUUUUCUUCCAAACAAAUGAGGUUGUGAACAAGUGUUCCUGACAGAUUUGUAAAAUUAAAGAGAAAAAAUGAGCUGUUUA